AUGAGGGAGUUUGUUGUUGUCAAAACGCAGGUAGAGCGUAACCGCCCCAUUAAGGAAGUUGAGGCCGAAUAUUAUCAUAUCGCUGCUGAGCUGAACUCAAAAUAUACGACAAGAAGUGAAGUUUCGCUGCAUUACAUGAAAGCAAUUGACCAAAGAGAAAUCUGCACAAUUAUUCAUGUAAUAAUAUCACGCAUUGCUAACUAA